AUGUUCUCCCCACAUUCAGCCCUCCUCCAACCUCCGUUGAAAGCGCCUCGGAUCCUCUUGAACUCCCGUUCGUCGAAAGGAGUGCGCAACCCUGAACUCUCGGCUGAAGCCCGGAGUUCUCAGAACACGGUGCGAUGGUUCAGUAAAACCCGUUUGUGCUCUACGCUCUUGCUCGAUCGCGUCGAAGUCGAGAGGGCACUCUCCUACACACCGGUGUUCCGCGAAGAACUCACUGUGCAAAACUCUUGUGCAUGGCCGGCGACGUUCGACAGCAGGCACAUCGGACUCUACGGCUGCGCUCAUUUUACGAAUAUAUCUGAGAGCCUGGUUCGGAGGGGAGUUAUCUCGAGAGGCUUCAAAACGAAAGCUGCGCAAGCUCGCGAUCUCUACGGCAAAAGCGACGUCUUCAGCAAAAGCGAUCUAGGCGAUAGAAGAAAAGUACUGGAGACCGUUCUGGCGGCCACAGAGGGCGGGCCGAAAAAUGAAGAGAAAGGCGACGUUCUCAAAACCCUGCUCCGAACUAAGGGCAUAUCGGAAGAGGAACAGGUGCGAUUGCAUAUCGCGUUUUUCGAAGGGUACAGACUUUCGCCAUACAAAUCGUCACGCAUGCGGGAUGCGGUGAACGUGCUCAUGUUUCUCGUGACCGUUGUGUUUCUUGUCUAUUUCUUCCAAUUGAGGAAAGUCAUCAUCGGUUUGCCAAAUGAAAUUUCGCCCCAGGAGAUCGACGUCACCUUCGAAGACGUGAUCGGUGUAGAGAGCGCGAAACAGGAGCUCCAGGAGAUCGUCGAGUUCCUCAAAAAUCCAGAGAAAUUCUCGAAGCUGGGUGGGAGGCUGCCUAAGGGUGUCCUCCUGGUGGGUCCGCCCGGAACGGGAAAAACGCUCCUCGCUCGAGCCGUUGCGGGAGAAGCUGGAGUCCCCUUCUUCCACGCCUCGGGUCCGGAGUUCGACGAGCUCCUCGUGGGUCAAGGCGCUCGACGGAUGCGGGACCUGUUCCAGAGCGCUAAGAACAAAGCGCCGUGCGUGAUUUUCAUCGAUGAGAUCGAUUCCGUCGGGUCUCACCGAUCCAAUUCCGCCAUCCACCCCUACGCCAACCAGACAAUCAACCAGCUCUUGACUGAAAUGGACGGAUUUCGUCAGAACGAGGGAGUCAUCGUCCUCGGCGCGACCAAUCGGCGUAACGACCUAGAUAAAGCUCUGAUGCGACCAGGUCGCUUCGACGUCGAAGUUCAGGUUCCGGCUCCUUUCUAUGAGGGUCGUGUGAGCUUACUCGAAUACUAUACCUCGAAAGUUAAGCUUGAUAGGGACGUCGACCUGAGGAAUUUGGCGCGGCAAACAGUCGGCUUCACCGGUGCCGCAAUCGAGAACAUGGUCAAUCAGGCCGCUCUGAGAGCUGCGAUCGAUGGGAAGGACUUCGUCACACAGGCGUACUUGGAGGACGCAAGAGACAAAAUCCACAUGGGAGCUGAGACGAAGGGCCGAAUUCCUCAGGAACGCGAUAUAUGGAUCACGGCUUAUCACGAGAGCGGACACGCCUUGGUGGCCUACUAUUCGAAGGAGGCUACACCGCUCCACAAAGUCACCAUCGUCCCAAGAGGCUCGACCCUUGGGCAUACGGCAUACCUCCCGGAGAGAGACGAAUCUCACAUGACAAGGUCCCAGAUUAUGGCGACGAUGGACACCGCAAUGGGUGGGAGAGCCGCGGAAGAGCUGACUUUCGGGGCGGACAAAAUCACCACAGGCGCUUCUGCAGAUUUCCAGCAAGCUACCGAACUCGCUACAUGUAUGGUCAAGGAUUGGGGUAUGUCGGAUAAGGUUGGAGAACGGGUUUUCGAAAGGCAACAGAACACGCAGCUUUCCAACAUGACCUCCGAGCUAAUCGACCAAGAGAUCAAGCGGACUCUCCAUGAAGCCAUGGAGAGAGCUAAAAACAUUCUGAGAACGCAUCAGACCGAACUGAAGCUGUUGGCAGAAACUCUGAUGAAACACGAAACCCUCGAUGCGAAACAAGUGAAGCAGCUCCUUGAAACAGGCACGCUGAACUGAUUGAAUAAUGCGCCUACCGACCGGAGGAUAGAAAAUCAGAAUUGGCCACAGCGACGAUUUCGCGAAGAGAUAAAUAAUAAUCUUAGUAACGUAUUUUUGAAAAUAUGUCGAUCUGUUGCAUAGGCUGUUGAAAAGAUUACCCAGUAAAUAAGUACUUCUGUUCUU